AUGCCUACACCUACAGAGAAUAAGAAGAAGAAGAAAAAGAAGAAGAUGUUGAAGAAGAAAAGCAUUCCAAGUAUCGAUGUAUCCGAUUUUCCGGGAGAGUUCGAAAGACUAAGAAACGCAUCCGAAGAGUGGGGAUGUUUUAGAAUCUAUAAUCAUAAUAUCCCGUCAACACUCUUGUUGGAGAUGAAGGAUGUGGUCAGAUCACUGUUGGACCUUCCCAUGGAAGUCAAGAGUCGCAACGCUGCUGUAGUAGCAAGCAGUGGCUAUGAGCGAUCCAGCCAUACUAAACCUAUGUAUGAGGCUCUCGGUAUUUUUGACAUUGCUUCCUCCCAUGCUGUCAACUCUUUUUGCUCUCAAUUGGAUAUUUCUACUUAUCAAAGUGAAUGCGGUAGAUUUCCAAAUGAAAUUCGGCUAAGUUAUUACUACAUCACUGCCCAUAUUAUUAUAAACUGGCUUUCACAUAGCAUAAAUUGA